CAAAGGACGGCGAAAGCGAUUAAGCGCUUAUUCUUCUAUCAAGGCAUCUGAACAAGAUAUCAGCGAUCGAUAAAUGUGCUUGGAAACCAGAUGAGCGUUCGAACGGAAAAGAUCUAACACACGGCCAGCGACGCUUUCCGUUCACGGAGGGUUAGAAAAUCUUUCUUUUUUCCCCCAGAACUCAUUCCAAUUCAGGGAAUUUUCGGGAGACAUUGAACCUGACUGGAAAGGAAUGUUUGACUGUCUGCAGCUGUGGUUACUUCAAAAGUUGGAAUCGCCUUUUUACUCCAGACUUGUUGCGGUGUAACCUACAAGUUUAUAAGGUCAACUUGCGGUAUCUCACCGGUACAUCGUGUUUUGUCAAUUAAUGCCGAUUAAAUCUCAAUGUCAUAGUCAUUUGACUGGAAUAUCAAUCUUACUUGUACUUGUUGCAGCCGACAAAACACUAUUUUGCACCUUUUGAAAGGAUAUGGCUCGAACAUAACAAGCUAUCUGCAUUCGUUGAAUACUCGCCUUUUUAGGACUUGUCGCUACCGCCCAAAUCAUAAUUGCAUUCGAUUUCUUGAGUUAUAACGAAACAAGUUUGAAUGUAGGAUUUGUGCUUGAACUGAACACAGACUUUACUUCAUCAAACUUUCUUUUUUAUCCAGAGCCGAUUUAUAUUUCUUUGGAAUAAAAAGAAAAUCGUUUUGCAGACAUGGCUCAAACAGCAGGAAGCAAAUAUUCGGCGUCGACGCAACGAAGCGCCAUGGACGCCCGAGGCGGCGCAAGCACUGCGCCAGGCCGACCAGCCGUCCGCUUCGAAUGCACCUACAAGAUGGAACCAGACAAGAAGUUCAUGGUCGGUGCCGCCAAACAGAUCGUCGAGGAUAUCUUGACCGCUCAGCUGGAGUCACAGUCCUAUGACCCACAGAAGUGUCCAGUCCUCUGCCGUGAGCUUGCCGAUGUCAUCAAGCAUCGCGUCAAGGAAUUGCUGAUCCCACGUUAUAAAAUCGUCGCCAUGGUUACUAUUGGAUCCACAGAGCAUGCAGAUGUCUGCUCCGCAAGUCAAUGUGUUUGGAAUGAUAAAUUUGACUCCUACGCCCAAUAUACCUACAAAAACGGCUCCCUGUACGCCACUGGCAUUGUUUAUGGUAUAUAUCAAGAAUGAAUGGGAAACAAAUGAAAGUGACUUUUUUAUAUCUAGAAAAGAACUUGAUGUGUGCCAUAUAGUCAAUAUAGUGUGUGAAUAUGAUUUUUAUUUAAAGAUAUUGGAUUUGUGUGAGUAAUCUUCACUCCUAGUAGGCCAAUUACCUACAUAAGAAGAACAUUUUGUUUAGAAGCUUGUCAGACGUUCACCACUGCUAUCAGGGCAUCGAUUGUAUCCUGAAAUUUCAUUUGAUUUUAUUUUUGAAAAAUUCCUCCUUGUCUAAGCUGAAAAUUGAUAUAGACGUGAGAUAAGUUUGCUAAACCCAGCUUAAGAAGUCGAUUAGCUUGACGAUAGUGACAUUAUACACUCUUUACACUUUCAAAAAGAAUUUCGCAUAAAGGCCUAACUUGUGGGGAUCUUUUCCUCAAGGUACUGUGUAAAAGAAUAUUCAGGUUGAUACCGGUCGGCCGGCCUGUCACUAUUAAGUAGUCUGAUUUUCAAUCAAGAAUUGUGUUAAUGUAAAAUUAUUUGCCAUGAUUGGUGUUUACAAGAAAAGUCGGUAAAGUAUAAGACCUUAGAAAUGCUAUAGGUUUUAUGCUGCAGUGACACUCUUCAAAAGGUGAAAUACAUGUAUACACAGCAAAAACUGUGGUGUUAACCGGUGUACAUAGAGGACCACACCAGUUAUUUUACAUCGGUGUUAAAUUGGUGGUGUUAGUUUUACACCUAUAGGUGUUAUUACAACACCUAUGGUUGUUACAUUUACACUCUUUGGUGUUAUGUUCAAUCUCUAGGGUGUUAUUUUAACACCUCAGGGUGUGGUCCUCUAUUAACACCAAUUGGUGUCAGUUUUAACACCACAGUUUUUACAGUGUACAACGACAUGGAACCAUAUUUAUACAAUCUCGUUUAGCAUUUUAACAACCAUUUUUGUCACAGUACUAGGUGGACAUUUGGCGUACAUAAGAGCUCUAGUGUCGUUUACUACUUGUACUAGUUGUUAUUGGAUCCGAAAAUAUGUUUUAAUCGUUUCAUUAUCAUACAUGUAUGAGUGUAGCUCGACAGAGCUCUGUCAGCUGUAUCUUUAUACCUUGAACUCAAGUGCAAAGUGUUCUCAUCGACCGCCAAAGUUUCAGCCAGUGUAAUUGCAUCGAUAAUUGAAGCGCACAAAUUAUUUUAUGAUUUGGAUAUGCAAUACUCGCGCUGUCAUUUGUAAAUAAGAAUGUUCUAAUACAUUGCUUAUAUAGCCAUACGAGUCUUUGAAAAUAUACCUCCAAUAUUUAUUCGUUUGGAAUCAUUUAUCAAUCAUUGUUUGAUGUUUCAGCAAAUUUAAUCUUCUUCUUUAAGGCUUAUUUAAUUUUACAUUUUACUUUCGUUGUCAGAAUUAUUUGGGGGACUACUUGGUCGGGGGGGGGGGGGGGUUGAACACAUUUGUUUUCUUUUUCGCUUCGUUCUGUAGACGUCAGCUUAAGGAGAGCGUACCUCAUUUCAGGAACAUUGCAUGUUGUUUUCAUAAAACUGUUAGUUACGAAUGAUUUUACACACGACUAGAACAUUUUCUAGGUGCUAUAGCUACACAGGAUUGUGGAUCCUAAAGAUUUAUAUUUUAAAUAUCAAAGAUUUAAGAUUGAAAUCUUACGCUUUAUAUUUAAAUCCUUUACAAAUUUAAAUCUAUUGUCCGGCUGGUCACCAUUCACAGCUGAUCUGGAUUUAUCUUAAUCAAAGAAAUUUAAAUCGCAUUUAAUAUCUAGUCGUAAUGACGUCAUAGUAGUUGUACGAUUGGCUACGAUUUGAAACUAAUUUGGCCUUUACUCCAAAAUAAAGGUUUGCAAUCUUUCAAAAUGGUUACAUUAGCAUUCUUUCCAUCAAUUUUAACCUCAAAUAAAAUGAUAUGUUCCAUUCACAUUUUCAGAAAACUAGCAAAGUGCGAUUUGUUCCAAAAUCGAAUCGCGAACAAAUAAGGUGUGCGGUAGACUUAAAGUAAAUGGGGAGAUGGUGUAUGUUAAUCUAUAGAAAACGGUUUUAAAGUUAUAAAAUCACGUGUUUAGCGUAAUACGAUUCCUUAUUAUUCUGCGUUGCCCUCUGAGGCCCUAGCUGAAAAGUGUAAAUUUAUUUUCUGCAAUAAAACAUAUAUUUGCAAACAUAA